GUCCUCCUAGCCGGUCGCAGGACCGGAAGUGGUUUCCGUCCUAGUGGAUCCGGGUAGGUGCGCGCAGGUGGCCGAGGAGGGUUCCCGUUCCUCAGCGUGAAGUGCCGCAGGUGUUCGGGUUAGGUCCGGGGUCGCAGAUUGUGGGAUUAGCGAUAUGCUUUCCUAAACAGCAGAAAAAGUUGAAGAUGUCUAGAUACUUAAUGGCUUUGACAGUGACCACCCUCGUCGGUGUGGCCGUGGGGGGGUUUGUCCUGUGGAAAGGCAUCCGGCGGCGGCGGAGUAAAGCGAGCCCGGACAGAGGGCAGCGGUGGCAGCAUCCGCAGCAUCUGCAGCAUCCGCAGCAUCUGCAGCAUCCGCAGCAUCCGCAGCAUCCGCAGCAUCCGCAGCAUCUGCAGCAUCCGCAGCAGCAAGCACCAGGCGGGAGGGAGCUGCCUCCUCCAGAAGAGGUCCGGCUGCGCUCCAGGGCCCCCGGAGCCUCAUGGGAGGAGAGGAUCCUCGGAGCAAAGGUGGUGACUGUGUCUCAGGAGGCCGAGUGGGACCACAUUGAGCCCUUGCUUAGGAGUGAGUUAGAAGAUUUUCCAGUACUUGGAAUUGACUGUGAGUGGGUGAAUUCGGAAGGCAAAGCCAGCCCUCUGUCACUCCUUCAAAUGGCCUCCCCAAGUGGCUUCUGUGUCUUAGUUCGCUUGCCAAAGCUGAUCUGUGGAGGAAAAACACUACCAAAAACUUUGUUGGACAUUCUGGCAGAUGGCACUAUUUUAAAAGUUGGAGUAGGAUGUUCAGAAGAUGCCAGCAAGCUUCUGCAGGACUACGGCCUCGUGGUUAAGGGGUGCCUGGACCUCCGGUACCUAGCCAUGAGGCAGAGAAACAAUUUGCUCUGUAAUGGGCUCAGCCUGAAAUCACUUGCUGAGACGGUUUUGAACUUUCCACUUGACAAGUCCCUUCUGCUUCGUUGUAGCAACUGGGAUGCUGAGAAUCUUACUGAGGACCAGGUGAUUUAUGCUGCCAGGGAUGCCCAGAUUUCAGUGGCUCUCUUUCUCCGUCUUCUUGGAUACCCUUUCUCUAGGAAUUCAACUCUAGAUGAAAACGAUGACCACAUGGGCUGGAGAAAAGUCUUGGAAAAUUGCCAGGAUGUGGUAGACAUCCCAUUCCGAAGCAAAGGAUUCAGCCGACUUGGGGAAGAGGUUAAUGGGGAAGCAGCAGAAGCUCAGCAGAAGCCAAGACAUAAGAAGUCUAAGACAGAUGGAAUGAUGGCAGGCAACCACCAAGGGAGAGAUCCCAGAAAGCAUAAAAGAAAGCCCCUGGGGGUGGGCUAUUCGGCCAGAAAAUCACCCCUUUAUGAUAACUGCUUCCUCCAUGCUCCUGAUGGACAGCCCCUCUGCACUUGUGACCGAAGGAAAGCUCAGUGGUACCUGGACAAAGGCAUUGGAGAGCUGGUGAGUGAGGAGCCUUUUGUGGUCAAGCUACAGUUUGAACCUGCAGGAAGACCCGAAUCUCCAGGAGACUAUUACUUGAUGGUUAAAGAGAACCUGUGUGUAGUCUGUGGCAAGAAAGACUCAUACAUUCGGAAGAACGUGAUUCCGCAUGAGUACCGGAAGCACUUCCCCAUUGAGAUGAAGGACCACAACUCGCACGAUGUGCUUCUGCUCUGCACCUCCUGCCACGCCAUCUCUAACUACUAUGACAACCACCUGAAGCAGCAGCUGGCCAGGGAGUUCCAGGCCCCCAUUGGCUCCGAGGAGGGUCUGCGCCUGCUGGAAGACCCCGAGCGCCGGCAGGUACGCUCUGGGGCCAGGGCCCUGCUCAACGCAGAGAGCCUGCCUGCUCAUCGAAAGGAGGAGCUUUUGCAAGCACUCAGAGAGUUUUACAACACAGACACAGUCACGGAUGAGAUGCUUCAGGAGGCUGCCAGCCUGGAGACAAGGAUUUCCAACGAAAACUACGUCCCCCACGGGCUGAGGGUGGUGCGGUGCCACAGCCGGGGCGGGCUGCGCUCCCUCAUGCAGCUGGAGAGCCGCUGGCGUCAGCACUUCCUGGACUCCAUGCAGCCCAGGCACCUGCCCCAGCAGUGGUCCGUGGACCACAACCAUCAGAAGCUGCUGCGGAGAUACGGGGAAGACCUUCCCAUCAAGCUGUCGUGACAGCCGCUCUCUUCCCAGGUGAGGACGGCCAGGAAGCUGAGCCAAGGCGGGAAAGUCACCUCUUCCCGUGUCAUUGAUUGUCAGAGCCCAGUGUCACAGCGUGGAAUGCUAACCCACGCAGAUCCCAGGAUGCUUCUGGUGGAGCCAGGCUGUUGCUCCAAGGGGAGCGUAUGGUUGUGGAUUUUAGUUGGGCAGGGUGAGAAUUCUUUUUGCCUCCCUCUUAUUUUAUUUUCGUGGACAAAAGGGCCUUGGCCUUUAUUUUGCUUUCCUUCUUUUGCUUUCCCUGUGCAGACAGCAAAUGAAGGAUUCUCCCCUGAGGUGACUUGUCAAGGUGCUCAGGUUUUUAAUACAUUUCUUCCCUGCCCAGUAUGUUGGUUUUUCUCAAACAGGGGCAGCCAAGUAUUUUAAUCCCAUUGGGUGAGGACGGGAGAAAACUUACUUGCAGAGGUUGGAGAGGUGAACAAGGAGUCAGAUUCAUUUUCCCGGUUCAAGCUCAUAAUUGUAAAUUCCUUGGCUUCAUGCUCUCCCACAACUCACCUGGUUGAGAUCCAUCCCAUCUAGGUCACUUCAGUUUAUUUCCAUACUUGAGAAUGUCCCCCUUUACACGUCCAGGACCAAAGCAGCGACUUCCUGCCAUAUGCUUCCACCCUAACACUGGAGGAAAUCCUUUUCUGGAAAUAGGCCUUCUAACUGGGUGGGGCCGAGAGAAGUACAAGCACCAUCUCUCAAGAAAACUUUGAUAUUUGCUCCGCGUUCCCUUUCAUUGUCUGUUCGUUGCAAUCCUCCUGUCCAGAAGUGCAGGGUUUUUAGCUGAAUCCCUUUCUGAGAGGAAGAUUCUCUUCUUUCAGAAUCAGUGUCAGGUCCCUUCCGGGUUCUGUGUUCCUUCAGAUUUGUAAUACUGACCUGGUUUCAACACUUCAUUGUCUCUUGGAGUCCUUUGGUUAGAUUGCAUUGUGAGGAUUUCUCCACCUGCUCUCAUGCCUGGGACUCUGAGAUUAAUUCAUAUAUUUAGAUGUUCAAAACGGUGAUGUUUCAUCUCUUUAUGUGAAGCCACCACUUUGAGCAUGAAAGCAAGUUAUUAGUGAUUAGUAUUUUUUCUCAAGUAUGAGGAGAGCUUUUUUACAAGAUGGCUAACAAACAAUUUUAUGGCCAGAAUCCAACAGGAGCUGUUUUGAAAUUGUGCCCAAGUUGGUGAUGGUUUGCUCUAACACUGAUAAAUAAAACUUCUUCUAAGCACAAAGUUCACUGAUUGUAAAUGUAACACUUUUUUCUUCACAGCUUUAUAAAAUCAGUAACUGUUCUUGGGGGAGGAGAUAGUCAUCCCUCAGGUCCCUGCCGUGUGGCAGUGGCGUGACGUGCGUGCAGACAUACCAUGCACAGCGCAGCUUCAGCCCAUCAGCGAAUGGUCCGGAAACGAAGGUGCAUUUUGUUCUUACGCCCCUUCAUUCCCUCUUGUCCUCAAACAGGCAUUUCUGGGCCCUAAACUUAGAGAUCCUUGAAAAUGAAUAGUACCAGCCGCCUUAGGGACCAUAUGUUCAGUGGGGUAGGUUAUUGUGGGCGUGUGCCUCAGUGACUGGACCCCAUGCUCUGGAGUCCAGGGGUGAACCUUGGAGACUGAAGGGUGGUCGUUAGAGUAGUCAGGCUUGCCACAAGGUGGCACUCACAGAUUUUGUUUUAUAUUCAUUCUUGAGAAAUAGGGCUUUUAUAUAUGGUUCCUGAACAUAACUGGUGACUUAUAUUUCCAAAUCUGUGUAGCUGAUUUUGGGUCAUUUGGAUAGGGUUACAAGAAAACUUCCUCUGAAACAGGGAGUAGGGUGCUUUCAUUCUCUUUCCCCGUGAUCCUCAUGCUAAGAGGGGAGAAGCACGUACGAGCUUAUGUAAAGGUGCAGUGGGUUACUGUGGGAAGAAGGAAUGGAUUCCCCAACAGAGCUUCCUGCAAGGCCCAGUAACAGAGCCAGCAGCCACCGUAGAGAAAGAAGCUAGACUGGCACAUGAGAUUUCUCACCCUUCUCAGAAGUUACUGUGUAGAUUUGACUUUCUCUGAGUCAGCCUUUAGCACCCUUUCCUCAAGACUGACAAUGGUGACCUCAAAUGAGAUAUUUUAGGGAAGGCAUAUUAUAAAAGAGCUAAUUAUUGUGUUUUGCCGAUAGGAAAAAAAAAAAGAAAAGCAAUGUAUGUUCAUUAGAAACGAGUCUAAAGAAGGAAUAAAAACCAUCCAUCUUCCCUCUGUUUAGAAAAGAGCUAACUUUGCUGGUAUGUCCAUGAAUUUCCUUUCACUAUUUAAAAAUGCAUAAAAUACAAAUAAAAUUCAGAGUCAUAUAUAAAUACAGGUUGGCAUCCUAUUUUUUCCUCCUCACUUAACAUGGUACCACACCACAAGUAAUUAAUUUCCUGUGCCCCUAAUCUUUGAAAGUAGAUUUCUAGUGGCUCUGCCAUAUUUUAGGUGUCCAUUCCCACACUGUUGAAAAUUCUGGUUGUUUCAGAUCCUUUGUUAAUGUCAGUGGUGCUGUGAUGAACUGUCUUUUAUAUAAAUCUUUGACUGUAUCUUUGAUAAUUUACUUAGGAUAGAAUCCUAGAAGUUGGAUGGGGCGGAGGGGUCUCACAUUGCUGGAGUGAGUAUCAAUUGAUACCACCUUUUAUUUCAAGGCAACGGUUCUCUCUAACCCUUAAGCUCGUAUCCCAGUACAUUUGCUGAGCCUCCAUGUGAGCAGUAGUGAGAGGACAGGGUCAUGGCAAGGGCCUCGCUGAAUGUGCCCACGUCAUUGUGUUUCUAGGAGUAGAGUCUUCUCUCUGCUUCCCCUUUGUCUCCCAUCCUUUAUUGACUCAUUUCCCCUUGUAGUCAAUGUUUUUUGGAAACACUGUUUAUUUUAAAAUAAAAACGUGAAAUAAAAGUUACAGACAGAUCUUUUUUGUGUGUACGAUACACAAGCAAUCAGUGAUUUGCUAUCCUAAAGUGAACAAGGCACACUAUUCAGGGAUUUGUUGCUCUUUAAGAGUGCAGCCGUAAGUUACUUAUUCUUAUCCAUGUCACGGAUGGAGAUCAGAUGACAAAUGUGUUCUGUUGAAAUAAAGCCAUUUUAAUCCCUCAUUUUAGACUCUUAAGAACCCAGCAGGCAGAAAGAGCUUUUGUUCAGCUUCCUCUUCUACCUGUUAGUGUGGGGCCCUAACUUUUGACUAUAAUCUAAAUUCUCAGUUUACCUUACCUCUCUUGAGUUUUUCAUUCAUUCAUUUAUCCUUUCCUCCUUUUUUUUUCUUCAUCAUGUCUCAUCGUCAUGAGAGGUAUCACUUUUUACUUUUAAAGAAGACAGUUUCUUGGUUUGCUAGUUUACUAAUUAUUACAUAUUUUAAAAGGGUCCUUCUUUCUGAUCUUUUGUCUUUUCUGUUGCUCAGUGGCCAUUUUUGGAGUACCUGAUCCUUCAGGAAUUCAGUGGGAAUCCAUUUUCUUGGGUGAGAUAAGCUGAAAGAGGGUGUAAGAAUGACCUUGUUACAAUGAACUCUUGAUCUGAAUAACGUAAAUGUAAUACAUGGUCCCCAGAAUACAUUUGCUUUGGAAUUCAGCGAUAUACAUUAGCUAUUCACCAAGUUACCUCCUCAUGCUGAAGUCUUAUACCUUCUGCCUGUCCCCAGCCCUGGAGCAGUUUCGCGUCAGGUGAUGGUGCAGGGCUUACAGGCAGCCAGGUAGCUUACUUGUUCAAAUGACCUAGCCUACCAACCUGCUAGGAGAUGCGUUAGUCACCCCCCUUUGCUUGAGGCACCGAGGCCCUUGCCCUAGUGCCGGCAUGUGAUUUGGGAAGGUGGGAAGUACAUUAGACUAUUAUUUCCAUCUAACCAGGUCUGUCUGUGGCCCACCUUGUUGGAGGUCCCUAGACACUGUGGGUAACUGAACCAAAUGGGUAAUCAUUUGGGGGAUAAUCAGGAACUAACUUCCUUUGCAUAGGAAUAGGGAAUGUCCAAGGACCUAGUUCAAGAAUCCUGGGUGGUAUCCUCUUCAAAUAUAGUAUACACUGCCUUAAAAGGUCAUUUUCUGCUCUGAAUGGAGAUAAUUUCCUACCUUCCAGACUGAACCCAAAGCAUUUGCCCUCCUUUUAGCUUCCUUACUUGUUAUUAAUUCUUGCAUUUUCCUCUCGCUAAGUGGGUAGUCUGUUGCCUUUCUGCCUGCAUAAGCUCCAAAAGCUGCUGAGUUUGGAGUCAGCAUUAUUAUAAGCAUGAUGUGUGGUCCAGAAUAUUCCUGAGUUGGAGAGCCUACUUAUAUUCUACUCCUGCUUCCCAAAGAUCUCCCUUUUCAGGCUUCAACAUGCUGGGGCAGAGUUGGGAUUCUGACUGUUCAGGCCACCAGGGUAUCCAUUAAGUCCUGUAUAAGAACCAAACAUUUGAGCUUAGUAAGCUAACAGCUGAAAAGAAAUGGGAGAUUAAGACAUGGGUAGUUUUAAAAGAGGUAUGUUUAUUUGGUUCAUGGGUUGAUGGGGGUAGCCCAUGGACUUCGCUUUCUAUUUUGCUUUUCCCUGUACUCAGUUCUGUCGUGUGUUGGAGGGUCAGAGAAACAGGCUGGUGACCUAGGUUUUGGUUCUGGCCAUUAGCUGUGUAUCUUUGGACUAAUCACUUAACUUUUCUGGGCUGCUUUCUUUACCAAUAAAGUUAGAAGUCGAGAUUAGAUGUGCUGUAAGGACCCUCCUAGCUGUAGCAUUCUGCAAUACAUCCCACUGUUUCUUAUGUGGCGCUUUCCCUUGGGAGUUGUGUACCUUCUGCUUCGCUGAACACCCUCAUCCUGCCCCCGGCUCUGGGAAUGGAGACUGUGCACGGAAAGGGGGGAAAUGAGGGAAGCAGGAUGCCAUACUAUGUCCUCCUGGCCUCACUGACUAGAGAGAGAAGCCUGCUUCCUCCACCUGGUGUUCCACCUGGGGUCAAAAUACAGUUCUCACCAGAGGUGUGCUGUGUGUGGCCUUAGGGAACUCACAUUCCUACUUAGUUCACUACUUAACAACAAAGAAAGAAGAGAAAUGUUUAUCUUCAACCGCAUUGCUAGUUCUGUAAGGUUUAAUAAGGGAUAAGCACAGAAUGGAAAUGAGGCAAGUUUGCCAAGUAUUAUAGAUGGGAAGAUUUUGAGAAAAAAGGAGUGAGUGUUUCUCAUUUUAAGGAUAGGAGAAAUUAAGACUAUACUAUAGAGGACUGAAUAGAAUUAGGUACUUUACAAGGAAAACACUAAACCAGUAAGUUAAAAAUAUUCUCUUUUUUUAUGUUGUCAUGACUGCCUUUUUGAGGGAUCCAGUGUUAGCAUGUUGUUAUCCAUCCAUAAGUCCUAAGACAUGAUCAACUCACAGGGAGACUGGGAAGUUUCUGGGGCCUGCAUCUUGUAUAACCCUGACUGGCCUUGGACUUUGUCCCUUUUACCUUUGGCCAUCAGUAAGACAGACAUGUGCAAAAUGUAGUUUAUAUUUUAUAAGCUGCCAAAAGGCAUUGCUCUGUUUAUAUAUCUGUUCCCUAUGACCUGACAGAAAAUACAUUUCCCAGUUCAUCCUUGUGCUUAGUUUCAGUCCCAAAGAGGGUGUUGGUAUAUUGGCUUUUCUUUGUUUAGCACAGAUUUAGACCCAAUAUACUAAACUUGCAGCACUUUUUAUAAUAAUCACCCAGAUGUAGACACGAGCCCCCAUUUUCUGCCAAAUCAGGGUCAUUUUGUUGCUGUAGUUCAAAAAAAAGUAACCGGAUAGCCAAAAGGGAGGCUAAGUGUAUUUCUCUGCCCUCUGAUAGAUGAACCCUAACUUCAUCUAAAAUUCUGACAUCUUUCAUCAUAUCCCAUAGAGCCAACUAGAGUCCCAGCAAGCUAGCUUAUUUUUUUUUAAUCAAAGGAUGUAUGUAUGGGCCCUGGAGGUUUGGUAGGCCUGAGAUGUAGCCACAUACAUGCGGCUUCCUCUGAGUUCUUGGAUACAAUGAGCAGGACUAAUGUUGGCUCCAAAAAGGGACAGAGAUGGCUUGGGGUUAGUUUUUCUUUUUUAAAUGUCAUACAAAUGCAGAGCAGUUGGCUGCCGUCCCCGUCUCAGACCAUCAGCAGAGCUUGACCUUGGCCAAGAUUUUGCCUCAUCCUCUCGGCAUCUCAGCAUAGAGUUGCGUUUCAGCCGUGGAAUGCUUAACCAAAAACACAUGCUGUAGUGAUGGUUUCCAAAGAGCAAAUUUUUGCAGAAAGUCUACAUUGUGUUGUCUUCUCAAAACAACAGUUUUCUCUGAACUACCAACCCAAUAAACCCCCAAGUGGCGAUUCUUUGACUCAUUUGUUUACAAGGGCUAGGAUUUUUGUUGUUGUUAAUAAUACUUUAUUGAAGAACAGCAAAAUGAACAUACAAUAAAGUACAAAUCUUAAGAGUACUGCGUGUGAAUUUUGACAAAUUGUAUGCCCCAUGUAGCCAUUCAGGGCUGGGGUUUCUUUCUUUCUUUCUUUCUUUUUUUUUUUUUGAGCAACCACUCAUCACAGCCCUUUAUUGGCUUGGACUAGCUAUGCAGGACCCUCCCACCCAAUCCUGGGACUGUGCUCCUUGGGGUCUCCCAGCUCCUGGCCAAGGACAGCCUAGCUCUUGUGGGCCCCUCAGCCUGCCCACAGAUCAUGACCUCCUCUAAGGCCCUUUGCCAGGCCUGAAACUGGAGGGGCAACUAGAAGCCCCAAGGCAAGGGCCCUGCCCUCUCCCACUGGCUGAGGCAGGUUUCAGAAAAGGCCAUUCACUGCCCAGUGGUGUUGGGCAAAGGAAAAUGACGAUUUGGGAAGAGAGAGGCUGGACAGUGAGUGAACAGAUGCUCAGGAUUGGGAAUCAUACAAAAAAGGGGUGCCCCGUCUGCUCCUAAGUGUGAGAGAGUCAGUCGUUGUGCAAGCACCACACCAGCAUCUGGCCCACCUCUGUCAUGCUCAGCACAUGUUCCAUCUUGUCCAGGACCAUACGGGGAGGGCCACUGAUGAAGUACUCAAAAAAGUUUUGUUUCCCAAGACACUUCUCUUUGAGGCCCCCAGAUACUCUAUCAGCUCUGGAGCUGAGUGCUCAUCACCCACUGGGGUGGGGCCCACUUCUAUGUGGACCUGGGUGCUGAUGAGCAGGUAGGGCAUGAUGUGUGAGUCCCGAUCAGGCUCCUACCUAGGGCUUUGGGCUCAGUGUGGACACCAGCCCCUCAGGUUCUAGGACUGCUGCGACCCACGGCUCUGAGUCCAGUUGGGGCUGGGGUUUCUUAUAUUACAUGAAACAUCUGAUGAUGUACGGCUUUGGAUCAGAAGGUUGUACAUUCAUCUACCUGAGCAGAUUACUAUAAGACAGCAAAUCCAGUUUGCUCUUUUGUCGUAUCUAGUAGAUGUGGUUACUGCAAAACUUCAUGAUAUUUGUUUCUUACAAGUUACUUUUGAAAAUAGGUAAUGUGUGCACAAAUUCCCAAAAAAAAAUUUUUAAUGUGUAAUGAAAAGGGAAUCCCUCCCCCCGCCCCCAUCCCUCCCCAGUCCUUUCCCUCCUUGAAGGUAACACUGUUACUGUUACUUGGGCGUUAUUCAGCCUGGAGCUGGGGGGAAGAGGGGUUUUGUUUUUAAGUCCCAGCUUUCUUUGGUUGUUAACCAAGAAUAUGUUUCUCAGGGGCGCCUGGGUGGCUCGGUCGUUAAGCGUCUGCCUUCGGCUCAGGUCAUGAUCCCGGGGUCCUGGGAUCGAGCCCCGCAUCGGGCUCCCUGCUCCGCAGGAAGCCUGCUUCUCCCUCUCCCACUCCCCCUGCUGUCUUCCCUUUCUCGCUGUGUCUCUCUAGGUCAAAUAAAUAAAAUCUUAAAAAAAAAAAAAAAAAGAAUGUUUCUCAGCCUUUCUCUUUAUACUCCAGGCUCUGGUCUAAGGCAUUUAUGCAGAAACUUGGACUUACAGCCUCAGUACCACUAAUCCUGUUUGUCCUGUCCUAUGAAGUUCAUUCUCUGUAUCUGUCAUCUGGUUCAAAAGUCCAUGUUUCUCACAGGAUUGGCCAGGAGUUGAUGAUAGCUGGAGUUGGGUUUUUUAUAUUAGGCUUGCUACUUUUAAAAUACAUAUUUGAAAUUUUCCAUAAUCAAUUUUUAAAAAUUCAUAUUUCUUUAGCAGGGGCUUCUGCAACAUACCUAUCUGACUAAAUUUUUUGUUUUAAAGUGAUGCUGAAUUGCAAUCCACAAGUAAACCAUAGAUGGAUCUCUAGACAGUCCCACCCCCACCCCCACAGCCACCCAAAUCAGACA